AUCCAAUUCAAUCCUUCAAAAUGACAUCCCAUUUCAAAUCUCUCUCCGAAGCAGAAGUGUGGGUUAAGAAGUUCCACGUUACAGCAGCUGAUUCUCUGGAUACAACGAGUUUACAGAAGUUUUACACCAAAGAUGCGGUGUUGCAGUAUGCAAAUAUGGAGUUAUUGGUUGGGUUGGAUAGCAUUGAAAGGUUCUUUGGUGGUGUCUUCCCACUGUUGGAGAGCAUGAAGCAUGAGAUCAUUGAACUUAACCUUACGCCCAACAAAAUCUUCCAAGCUUGUACGAUCUCCUAUAUCGUUAAGAACGACCCUGAGAACAAGUUGAUCAAGAUCCCGGCAAUGGGGGUCUUUCAUUUGGUUGAUGUGAGGAAGAACGAGAGCGGGGCUAUCUUGAAAAGAUUUGAUGUUUAUUUGGAUCCAGGGGAGGUGUUUGCUAGGAUUUCGGAAGUUAGGAAGUAGAAUCGAGCCCACGACGAGGCACCGGAGGAGAGGCUGUUCAGAGAGUAAUUUGAUAGUUGGCAAAUUGAUCUGCUGUGGGUGAGAAAGACGAGAGAAGUAUGCUGAAUUUGAU